CAGGUCAGAUGAUCCGAGCUACAUUGUAAAUAGACGGCAGUGAUCCGCCGUGGCCAUGCCUUCAUAGCCUCUUUAAAUCACUCCCAACCGAGCAGAUCUUUCCACUCGGAGACGCCCUAUCUCCCGACACCAGUUCUCUCGCUGUUUCGGGUCCUUUCGACGCGGCAAAGUGUUGGUGAAGCAUGUACCGGUCUCUGUACGCCUUCCGAUCCGCGGAGCCCAACUCGCUGCACUUCGCGGCCGGAGAAAGCUUCUUAAUCCUGGAGAGGAGCAACAAACACUGGUGGCUGGGGUCCCGUUGCAGCUCGGGGGAGACCGGCUACAUCCCAGCCUCAUACAUCGAAAAAAUACAGGCUCCCGAGCAGGACGAGGUGCUGCAGUCUAUUGACAGAGCGAUCGAAGGAAUCCACAAUGUGGCCUUAAAAAAUGGAGGCAAAUACAAUCUGGAACAGAGAGAUGUUCUACAGAAGUUGAUCCAUCACAGAAAGGAGACCCUUGCUCGACGAAGUUCCUCGUCCUCUGGCCAGAAACAAGGCCUCCCGUCUUCCAGCAGUGAAAUAUCUCUCAGUCAGACUCCUCCACCACCCAAUGGCCUUAACCGAGAGUACGGACGACAGGGGAGCAUGCCAUUAUCAGGAAGCAUGGACAAUAUGCGGGGGGAGCAGGGCUUUUACCAGGUGCCUCCUCAGCCUCGACGUGCGGCUCCGAUCACCCCACCUCCCCCUGAGAAACAGCGAAGCAGCCGGCGUCCAGCAGAGCCGGAGGUCCCGUCCAGAGGGUCCUCUCUCCCUCCGUCCCUCUCAGUCAGCACCACCUCUUUAGACUCUGGCUCCUCCCACUCACCGGCCUCCUCUGAUGUCAGUCUGCCAAGUGUUGCCAGCAGCCCCCCUCCCCCUGUGCCAUCCCGUGUGAAGCCCCCUGCACCGCCUCCAGACGUGCUUCCCUCUGACUCCCCUCCUCAGCCAGCUCCUGCAAAGAAGAGCCCGGCUCCACAGCCUCCCCAGCCCACCCCUCCUUUACAGCCCGCUGUGGAGGACCAGCCGGAGAGUGAAUGGCCCGUCGCCCCCCCGUCCGUCGCUGAAAGCCCUCCUGGCAGCCCCACUACUCCUGAUCCAGUUCCCAUGACUAUUGGGGCCGAAUUGAUUGAGCUGGUACGGAAGAACACAGGCUUGAGUUACGAGCUGUCACGGGUCGCUGUCGGCGUGGUGGUCGGCCAUCUGCAGGUGGCCUUACCUCAGGCCUCCUCUGCUUUGGAGCAAGUUCUCCUCUCGCUGGUGGAGAGCAAGGAUUUCAGUGGAGCGCUGCCACAGGGUCAGGUGUGUCACGAUGAACAGAGGCUGGAGGUGAUCUUCAGCGACCUCGCCCGUCACCGGGACGAUUCCCAGCAGCGUAGCUGGGCGCUCCACGAAGACUGCGCUCUCAUCACCUGCUACCUGGAAGAGCUGCUGAAGAUACUGACUGAUGCAGAUCCAGAAGUGUGUAAGAGGAUGUGCAAGGCCAACCACUGUGAGAGCGUGCUGUCUCUGGUUUCAUAUUAUCAGAUGGAGCAUCGCGUGUCUUUGCGGCUGCUGCUGCUCAAAGUGUUCGGGGCCAUGUGCAGCCUGGACGCUGCUCUCAUCUCCACCUUACUCAACUCCAUCCUCCCCAUGGAGCUGGCCAGGGACCUACAGACUGGCAUACAAGAACACCAGAAGAUGUGUUACACAGCGCUGGUACUUACUAUGAUCUUCUCAAUGGGCGAGCAGGUGCCAUAUCAUCACUACGAACACUUGAAUGCUGACUUUGUUGCGUUUCUGCUGGGUGUGGUGGAGGACGGCCUUCCCUCUGAUCCCACAGAGCAGCUGCCUGACAUUUUCCUGAACCUCUUGCUGGCCUUCAACCUGCACCACACAGCACCCAGCAGCAAUGUGAUCAUGCAGGAGCUGAAGAAGAAAAAUGUGAAGAUCCUGUCGGAGAAAGUGCUGCUGCUUCUGAACAGAGGCGAUGACCCUGUGUGUAUGUUCAAACACGCUCCGCCCGCACCGCACUCUGUGCUCAAGUUUCUGCAGGAUGUUUUCGCCAACCAAGAGACCGCUGACAUCUUCUACCGCACUGACAUGAUGGUGAUGAUUGACAUCGCCGUUCGACAAAUAUCAGACCUGUCACCCGGAGACAAGCUGCGGAUGGAGUAUCUCUCCCUCAUGCACUCCAUAAUGCGCUCGACAGACUACCUCGAGCACCAGCACCGCCUGCCUGACCUGCAGGGGGCACUGCAGAUGAUUCUCAGGGAGGAGGAAGAUCCAGGAGAGGAUGAAGGGAGUGCCACAGCGAAACAAAUGGAUAAGUUAAUCGUACAGCAGAUCUACAAGGAGUUCCCACAGAUCUGUGAGAACCAGGACUAACCAUAUCAGUAUCAUGCUCACACACUGUAGUCUGCUCCCGCGAGGUACAGUAAAGCUUGCAAGAAGAAGAACUGACGUUUGAUAGGGCGCCCAGUAUUCUGUGCCAGCCUCUACUUAGAGAACCGAAUCCGUUUUGCCAACUUUUUCUUGGACCCGUAGUCCAGGGCUGCAGCAUGCACAUAAGGUAAUAUCAUGAUGAUUUUGCUGCUUUUCACAGCUUUUCACUUCUCAGAUGAACUUCAUUUGAAAAAAGGUGUGGGAGUUUUUUUUUCUUUGGUGUUCUUCAAGAAUGGAAAAAAAAGAUGACAAAUGCACAAACAACCUGUGAGGUUUAGUCAUACUUGGAGAUUAAAAAUAGCCAAAAUAUAGGCCAAACCUUAGAGCUGUUUCACAAUGAAUUGCUUCCAGCAAUGUCAUACAUGAACUAAGUUUAUGUACUCAGUAUUUUGAAACUAAUGUAGCCACAACCAGGACUAAACUUUAUUCUGACCAAAAAAUUUAACUAAAUUGAUUUUAGAACAUUUUAAAUGAAAAGAGGCAGAUUUGAAGUUGUGUUACAGGUAACCGUGCCAUUAUUUGAACCGUUGUGAGAAUACUUGACUUGACCCUUUAUGUGCUUCCCUGUUAGUGGGACCAAACUACUGUGUGUUACUUUAGAGCAUUAUAGAGUGUAAUACUCUUAAACCUGACUUCUUUCAUUCACCAAUUUCAUUAAAAUAAAAAAGUAAAUGUAGAACAUGUUGAAAAAGUUUACUAUUAUAGUAUAAAAAAGCACACUCUGAUUCAUGUGUUAUCAUUACAAAGCUUUUAGCUGAGUAACUUGCUGCUACAUAAUGAAUCUCUCCUGUGGCUCCGUCUGCAGUUUUCUCAGUCUGGUACUUUUGUCUCUUUACUGCUUUUCAAACUCUUCAAAGUGAUUGCUCUGUACUUGCAUAUGCAACGUUCCCCCAAACAUCAGAAGUCAUUGACUGUUUACAGACAGGGUUUUUGUCCGUAUGCUGCAUUCACAUUCAAACUAACUGUGCUGCAAUAAGGCUUUAUAGCAACUUGUAAUAUCACUGUAAUAUACUGAGUCUUGGCUGACGUUAGCUGUGGCUUCCUGGAAGGGAAAAGUGUGCUGCAGUUAUUAUCUGAGAUAAUUAUUUAGUUGUUGAUUUCCUGUUAUUAUCUGAUGCUCCUACUGAAAGUCAAGACAAGGGAGAGGAAAUACAGGGCAUUUGUUUUGUUCCCUUGUGGUUUUAACACUUUAACAGCAACAUCUACCUAUUCCUGUUUCUUUCCUGUGACGUAGUGAUUGAUGUUGUUUUCCCAUCUUACACUUUAACUUAUCUUGCUUGUCUCUGGCAUGGCUUCCCCAUCUGGAAACAUGUUUCUGAGAAGGUAGACACAGUCCAGCAGUCAUAUCAGAUUUUAGUUCAUGUCCGAGUGUUGAUUGUCAUUGAGAAUUUGUGUCUGCUUACAGCGUGUAUGAGAGAGAGUUGAGUGUCUCUUCUUUCCAUGAUUAACAUUGUCUGCAAAAAUGCUACGACUGUGUUGUAAUGAAACUAAUAAAGCUAUAUUUUAACAGUG